GGGUUUUCGUGAUCACAUGUUCGAUCCUAUCGAUUGAAGUGAAACUCGUAGCAGCUCAGAGUGAAAAAUGCCGAGUAGAUGCGAAAUAUGCUGUGAGAUAAUGAUCGCGAUCUUGCUCCCUCCGGUCGGAGUUUGCUUCCGCCAUGGUUGCUGCAGCGUUGAAUUCAUCAUCUGCUUGCUCCUUACUAUACUAGGGUAUAUUCCUGGUAUAAUUUAUGCUCUCUAUGCCAUUAUCUUUGUUGAUCGUGAUCAGUACUUUGAUGAAUGUAGACGUCCUCUGUAUUACCAACAGUACUAACACAUACAGUGUAACUGUGUGUGUUUUCCCCCACUUUUCAUCGUGUUUGUGAUACCUUGUGUCCUACUCCUGAGUAUACAGUGGACACCACUCGAACUGUAUUCUUAUUUUUAAUUUUCAUUGAGAUUGGACUUGGUCAAUUUGUGAUUUGCAUAAUUUAUGUGAUAGCAUUUGAGCUGAGAACAGUUACUCAGAGUAUUCGGGUCCUUUGGACAGUUAUCUGGUAAUAAUGUGAUUGUUGAUUCUAUGGCUAUAUUCACGUUCUUAUGUUAUGAAAAAAA